CCGAACGUGGGCGCGCUUGGUGUCUCCGCAUGUGACGUAAUUACUGCUUGUGCGGGAGUGCGAGCUCGAUAGGACUCGUAUGGGUACGGAAAGUCAGAGCAGGGGAUUUGUGGAUCACUUGUUCAACUAGUGAACAUUAUCUUGUCUGAGAUCACGAUAACAUAGAAAUGUCGGGGGAUAACGAAGAAACACAGACCACCGAGAACACACCAGCGGACGAGAAGCAGGCUCAGGACAAGGUGAUCAGUCCUGAGAAGUCAGAGGAGGCUAAACUGAAGGCCAGAUACCCAAAUUUAGGAAAUAAACCUGGGGGUUCUGACCUGCUUCGCAAACGGCUCCAGAAAGGGCAAAAGUACUUUGACUCUGGAGACUACAACAUGGCUAAAGCCAAGAUAAAGAACAAGCAGUUGCCGACAGCUGCGCCGGAGAAGACGGAGAUCACAGGGGACCACAUCCCCACCCCCCAGGACCUGCCCCAGAGGAAACCUUCUCUGGUGGCUAGUAAACUUGCCGGCUGAUGCACACACAGCCCCUGCAGCACCUCCCCGCUCUGACCCUCUCCACUCACGUCUCAGAGUUGUAACAUUACCUCUCCCACCCCUCACAGUACCUGUCCCCUGCCUAUGCCCCCUCCCCACCAGCCUGGACUCCACCCAACAGGAACCCACACCUAGCGAACUGGCUAACUGAUACCUUCAAAUCCUGUUUUAAUUUUGUUUUCAUGGCAUCUGGCCCUGUCUACUGCCUCCUAUCCUUGUUUCCCCCACUACUUCUCCAAACUGACUGCCCUUCUGUUAUUGUCUUCUUACUUUUCCAUGUUCCUUUUUUAUUUUCUCUUUACUUCAAUGUAAGAUACGCUGAAAGACAGGACAUCCAAGUGUGAGUGUGAGGAGCGAUUUGUGACACCUUUCUACGACUGAUGGAUGACUGAUACCACAGUUUUUACUGGCUGAAGAGAGGGCCGAGCAGCCCUUACAUGUUUAGAGGGCUUUAGUGUGGUAAGCAAGAUCCAUCAGUUUGGAAUUGUGUGUAUAUAAAUAUAUAUAUAUAUUUCCAUUGUUUGGCACAGGGGCAGAAGUCAGUCCUUUUUUUAGAAUGUUUUAAAUCAGAUUUGUAUCAUUCACUGUAUGUCCUUAUUCUAAAUUAUGCUAU